AUGGCCUCAGGCGGGUGGCCCUGGCGGCGCUGCUGCUCCUGGAGGCCGGCGGCCCGGAGCCCCGGGCCCGGCUCCCCCGGCCGCGCGGGGCCGCCCCGGACGCCCUCGGCUGCAGACGCGGGCGCUCAGGGCACUGGAAGAAAAGGCCUGAGGAUGUCACAAAUGUCCUAUUUUAAUUUUGUGAAGAGUUUAACAUCUGCUUUUCUACAUAGGUAUAGUAUGUCACGGUUCCAUCACACGACGUUGGCAGUGUGCUGUUGUAGCAAAACACAGAGUGGGGAGAAAUACACUGACCCCUUCAAACUCGGUUGGAGAGACUUGAACGGUCUGUAUGAGGACAUUAGAAAGGAACUACUCAUAUCUACAACCGAACUUAAGGAAAUGUCUGAAUACUACUUUGAUGGAAAAGGAAAAGCCUUUCGACCAAUUAUCGUGGUGCUAAUGGCCCGGGCGUGUAAUAUUCAUCAUAAUAAUUCCCGAGACGUGCAAGCAAGCCAGCGCUCCAUAGCCUUGAUUGCAGAAAUGAUCCACACUGCUAGUCUGGUGCACGAUGACGUCAUUGACGACGCGAGUUCUCGGCGAGGAAAACACACAGUUAAUAAGAUCUGGGGUGAACAGAAGGCUGUUCUUGCUGGUGAUUUAAUUCUUUCUGCGGCAUCUAUAGCUCUGGCACGAAUUGGAAAUACAACUGUGAUAUCUAUUUUAACCCAAGUUAUUGAAGAUUUGGUGCGCGGUGAAUUUCUUCAGCUAGGGUCAAAAGAAAACGAGAACGAAAGAUUUGCACACUACCUUGAGAAGACCUUCAAGAAGACUGCCAGUCUGAUAGCCAACAGUUGUAAAGCAGUCUCUGUCCUAGGAUGCCCGGACCCAGUGGUACAUGAGAUUGCCUAUCAAUACGGAAAAAACGUGGGCAUCGCCUUUCAGCUGAUAGAUGAUGUGUUAGACUUCACCUCAUGUUCUGACCAGAUGGGCAAACCAACGUCGGCGGACCUGAAGCUUGGGUUAGCCACGGGCCCCGUCUUAUUUGCUUGCCAACAGUUCCCAGAAAUGAAUGCUAUGAUAAUGAGACGGUUCAGUUUGCCUGGAGAUGUGGACAGAGCUCGACAAUACGUAUUACAGAGUGACGGUGUACAGCAAACCACCUACCUCGCACAGCGGUACUGCCAUGAAGCAGUAAGAGAGAUCAGUAAACUUCGACCGUCCCCUGAAAGAGACGCCCUCAUACAGCUUUCAGAAAUUGUACUCACAAGAGAUAAAUGACAACUCUUUCUGUUAUUUCUGGCAGCUAUUUUACCAGACUGUGCCUAAAGAAUUUUGUGAAAUAUAUUUUGCUUCAUGUGCGGAUAACCAAAAAUCAUUUCAAAGAAUCAUUUCAACCUUAUUGAUGGGCAAUUUUUUUUUAUUGACAAAGUUUUUCAGAAAACUUUUUAAAUGUAAUUAAACCAUCCGAAUCUGUCACUCUAGUCCUGUAAAUUCUAAUCGAGGUAUCUUGAUGGUUAUAUGUGGUAUUGUUUACACUGUUAAGAUCCACAUGUAAAGCCAUUACACAAAUAAAUAAUCAAUGUUAAAAUGCAAAUGGUUUAUCGUGUUUCACCAUAGGAGUAAAGGUCACAAAAAUUGUGAAGUCUACAUUUCAAUCCACAUUAGAUUUUAACAGUAUCCAAAAUUUCAUAUAGGAGAAUGGUUUAUUAUAAAAGACUGUACACAAAAUUUAGACAACAGGUUAUAUACAAAAUUAAGAGAACAUUCCACUUGGAAAAAAUGAAAAAGGUAGCUAGCUGAUCACUAGUGAUACUGAAAUCAUGUUUAAAAUUAACAAAGGCAAAAUGCAUAUACAACAGUCACAUUGAUUUGGUAGCAAUAUGGCCUUUAAUUUUCAGAAAUAAAUGUUUUGCACUAGUCUUAUCAUUUUACUAUGCUGUUAUAAGUCUGUAACGCCCAGUACAUAACUGUAAUUUGAAAUCCAAACAAAUCCUCAAUACACAGAAACCCAUACUUGAGUGCUCUACUUUAAUAUCCUAGGCAAUACAGAAUUACACACA